GGUUUCAUAACAGUCAUCUGGGUCCCUUCCAACUCUCCAGUUCUUUUAUUCUGUUCUAAACCUGACCGUUGGACCUCCCAAGAAUUCAAAAGCGGUUGAACCUGCUGAACGAUGUUUUCAAUUCAGGAAGAAAACAACUCCACCCAAUAAUCGCUUCAGAAAUUUGCUUACUGAAAAGAAAUGGAUUGGACUGCACAGAUUCCAACAUUGUUCCUGCUCAUCCUUACGAUUAUAUUCAUUUUGAAAUGGGGCAGUUUCUGGAAUAGGAGCUCCAAAAAUCUCCCACCAGGACCUACACCUUUACCACUUAUCGGGAAUCUCCACAUGGUGGAUCUGAAGAGACCUUACAGAACAAUGUUAAAGUUGUCAAAAGAACAUGGCCCCAUCUUCCACAUCCAAAUGGGAUCCCAGAAAAUAGUGGUGCUGACGGGGUAUGAGACAGUCAAGGAGGCUCUGGUGAAUCAGGCGGACGCAUUUGCAGAGAGACCCAUCAUCCCAAUUUUUGAGGAUUUUGCAAGGGGCUUUGGUGUUCUUUUUUCACAUGGUGAAAACUGGAAAGUGAUGCGGCGGUUUGCACUAAGCACAUUACGGGACUAUGGCAUGGGGAAAAGGUCCAUAGAGGACAGAAUUGUGGAAGAAUGCAGUGUCCUGAUUAAGAAAUUUGAAUCUUACCAAGGACAACCGUUUGAAACCACCACAAUUAUGAAUGCCGCUGUUGCCAAUAUCAUAGUGUCCAUCCUACUAAACAAGCGAUUUGAAUACGAAGAUUCCACAUUUAGAAAACUUCUGAAGUUGGUCAAUGAAAAUGUCCGGCUUUUUGGAAGCCCCUCGGUCAUGCUGUAUAACAUAUUUCCUGCUCUUGGCUCACUUUUGGGAGCUCGUAAGACUAUCCUUCACAACAGGGAUGAGAUGCAUGCAUUCAUAAAUGCCACCUUCAUACAACACCUCAAAGAUCUGGAUGAAAACGACCAAAGGAGCUUUAUUGAUUCAUUUCUUCUGAGGCAGCAAGAGGAGAAGGACAAGCCAAACGGAUAUUUCCACAAUGAAAACCUAAAAUCCGUUGUGGGUAACUUAUUUGCUGCUGGCAUGGAGACCACUUCUACCACGCUGCGCUGGGGACUGUUACUAAUGAUAAAAUAUCCUGAAAUUCAGAAUAAGGUCCAAGAAGAAAUUGCAAAGGUUCUUGGAUCUUCUCAACCAAGGAUUGAGCACCGAACGAAAAUGCCAUAUGUUGAUGCAGUGAUCCAUGAGAUCCAGAGAUUUGCUGACAUUAUCCCAACCAACCUUCCCCAUGCAACCACUGUGGAUGUUACCCUCAAAGGCUACUUCAUUCCAAAGGGGACUCAUAUCUUGCCACUACUGACCUCCGUGCUGCAUGAUGAAUCUCAGUGGGAAAAACCAUACCAAUUUUAUCCUGAGCACUUUCUUGACUCGGAAGGAAAGUUCAUGAAGAGAGAUGCAUUCCUGCCUUUCUCUGCAGGUCGGAGAGCAUGUUUAGGUGAGACUCUUGCCAAAAUGGAGCUCUUCCUCUUCUUCACAAGCCUCCUGCAGAGAUUCACAUUCCGGCUCCCUCCUGGAACAUCUGAAGAUGACCUGGAUUUUACCCCUGCUGUUGGGUUCACAACACCACCCAUGCCGCACCAACUCUGUGCUCUGCCACGUUCAUAAGACGCAAAGUUCAUGGCUUGGUAAGCCUCCCUGUGUGAUCAAUGCAAACCUUUUUUAAACACCCUUAUUAACCAUGGACAUUUUGGUUCAGUAGACUUCCAGUCGGAUUGGCCCAUGAUGUGUCACAAAACCUAAGUGUUACCCACUAUGUUCUGCUCAAUGUUUGUAGUAAAUAUGAUUAUGUGUUAAUUGUAGUGCUUUAUUUCAGCCUAGGAAUUUAAUUUUGAAAGUUCUUUGAUUCUGUUCAGGGGAAAAAUUACCUACUAUAAUCUGUAUAUUUUGUGCCAAGACACUUCAUUCCUUGUGUAUUUUACUGCUUCAUCAUGUGGUUCUAAGUGAAGGGCACUUUUAAAAACAAAGAUUUAAGUGAUGGCUGGUCAAAAAGGGGUAGUCAAAUGCAGGUGCUUCUCCCCACUCUGAUCAAGAGGCUCAGAUUUUAACUGAGGGCCACAGGUAUAGCAAGUCUACAGGUAACAAAAUGUCUUUCCAUGUGAAAAGAGCAAUGAUAAAUUCCACUGGUUUUAAAAUUCACAUCAGGAAUCUGAUUAAGAACAUUGUCCCCAGAUUUAUCUAUAUUCUGAGAGGCCUUCCAGUUUUUAUAUCCAGAUCAUAUUUCCAAAAGUGGAUAAUUUUACAUACAUACAUAGCGCCUUGCAUUAGGAUCAAGAUGUUUGAAAGUUCAAACAACUCUUGAAACAAUUAAGUCAGGUAGAAAGAUAUGGAAUAUAUUAGCCAAUAAAAAUAAAUUUCCUUCAUUUUCAGAUGCAAAACUUACUCUAUGGAGAAAUUCUACUUUAAAUAUUGG